GACGUCUUCAACCCUAGAACCAGACGGGAUCAAAAACAAGAAGCUAGCUGGCUUUCAAGCUGGUAGGCAGGUUGUUAUAGCUUCGUCUGAAUUUAUAACGUAGCUAAGGAAAUUCAAAUAGAGCUGGACCCUCCUUAAAUCAAAAUCAUGGCGUGUGGAGCGACCCUGAAAAGAACCAUGGAGUUUGAUCCAUUGAUGAGUCCAACGUCGCCUAAAAGGAGAAGGUGUAUCCCGGUUUCCCCAUCAUCCUCCUCAUCCCCACGGAAAUACCUUCACAUGGAGCCGUCACCAUUUGGAGAGGUGUCGUCAAGACUAUCAGCUGAGAAAAUUCUGAACAACAUCAAGCAGGAGUACAAGCGCAUUCAGAAGAGAAAACACAUCGAUGGAGUUUACCAACAGACAGAGGGUUGCUACUCCCCAGAGGCUCCACCCCCUCUAGGUGGAUCCAGUAUGCCAGGCACAUCGGCUGGAGGUUCUUCUCCAUCAAGGAAAGAACAGCCCUUAUUUACUCUUAGACAAGUUGGAAUUAUUUGUGAACGUCUACUGAAGGAGCGUGAAGAUAAAGUUCGUGAGGAAUAUGAGGAGACCAUGACUUCCAAGUUGGCAGAACAAUAUGACACUUUUGUGAAGUUUACACAUGACCAGUUGAUGCGAAGAUUUGGAGAGCAACCUGCAAGCUAUGUUUCCUGAAAGCAUCCCAGUCUGCCAGGUCACCUGUUGCUGCAAGCUAUCAAGUUUAAAUCUUGGGAAAUCACCGCAAGAGAUUUGGUUUAUUUAAACUUUUCUUACUGUGCCAUAUUUCUCCUUUGGGCAAAGGUUUAUAAGCUGUUAUCAGUGGUUAUCACUUUCUCUCGCAAGCAGCUAGGUGCUUCCUAAUGUAAAUGUAUAGGCCCUCUCUACCAGUGGCCUACGUUUCUCCUGCUGUACUUGUAUCGAUAAGGCCUCACUCUUACAAGGAAUUCCAAACUUUAUUCAUUGUUUUAUUUCUUUGUUACAUGUAUAUAUAUCAUAUGUAUAUAUAUAUCAUAUGUAUAUAUAUAUCUAUCUAUCAGCAAACCUCCUAGGUUUAUGAUAUAUAUAUAUGUAUGAGAUAAAGCAAUGUAGAAAUCCAUGUAAGGUUUGCUGGUCAAUCUAUGAGCAAGUGGAAGAUGCAAGUUAGUACAGUUUGGAGAAGAGAAUAUGCGGAUGCACCAGUUACUUUUUUUUGUAUGGGACUUUACAAAGUGUAAGUUAGAUAUUAUUAUUUUUUCCCCUUUCAAAAUAUUUUAUUUUGUCAUUUUUGUUUUCCUGGUAUUACUUUCAAACCUAUGUACUUAGUGGAAAACCAAACAAUAAAAUGUUUUAAGGCUUA